CGAGAGACACGGUUACCCGAAAAAUGUUCAACUUCAAGCUAGCGAUUUUCGUCGCGUCCGCCUGCAGUUUGGUGCUCGCUGCUCGUAACAGGCCCACGGUGCAGUACGAGUGGAAGUACGUCAACUACACCUGGCCCACGACCGCAGCCUACGAGGACGCGGUCAAAAACGGCACCUACAUCAAGGAGAACAACCCUCUGGCCGGGAUAAAGUUGUGGAAGGACAAGCUGUACUUGACCGUACCGCGAUGGAAGGAUGGCGUGCCGGCCACUCUGUUGGUCACCUCAGUCCGGCCAGUUGAUGGCGAGAAAUCUCCGCUCCUCGAGCCCUACCCCAACUGGGACAUGCAGAAGAUCGGGGGCGACUGUUCGGGCUUCCAGUUCGUGCAGAGCAUGGAAAUAGACCCCAUGGGUAGGAUGUGGGUGAUCGACACCGGCCGCGUCGCCACGCUUUCGAGCACUCCUCGGAAUCUUUGUCGGCCCCGCUUGGUCAUCCUCGACCUGGAAAAUAACGGCGAGAUUCUUCUGAACUACGUGUUUCCCGAGAGCGUGUCCAGCCGCACCAGUGCCUACUUGAACGACAUUGUACUGGACCACAGCGACGGCGGCUACGCCUACAUCACCGAUACGGACUCGAAGAACCCCGGCAUCGUUGUCUUCAGUUUGGGUCAAAUGGACUCUUGGCGCGUGACUGAUCCGUCGAUGAAAGCGACGGCGGUGGAGUUCACGGUGAAGUACGACGGGACUCGGGUGAGCCAGGCGCUGAACGUCGACGGUAUCGCCCUGUCACCGGCGUCCGAGCGACAUCAGAGUCGCCUGCUUUACUACAGUCCCCUGUCGUCGCUUGACAUCUUCAGCGUGCCGGUGCGAGACCUCAAAUCCCGACCGAGCGACGUGAGCUCGAGCGUCAAGCGGCUAGGGAGGAAGACCUCGCAGAGCGACGGUAUGAUUAUGAGUGCCAAUUACAGGCUGUUUUACGGCCUCCUGGCGGAAAACUCGGUCAAGAGUUGGGACAGGACCAUUACCUUCCACGAUGACAGGACGAUGCAGUGGCCCGACACCUUUGCCAUCGACGAGAAGGGCGCGCUCUGGACCGUCAGCAACAGACUGCAGAGGUUCCUCGCGGACAUGGUCAAUGUGAGCGAAGUCAACUUCCGGGUGAUCAAGUUGGCCGAUAACAUCAACGCCAGAAGUUACAUGUACUACGGUAACGGCGAGGCACCCGUCUUCCCGAGUAUAGAGUAGAUUUUUGGCUUACAUGGCUUUUUUGCUGCUAUGCUCUGUAUUUGAAUAAAUCUU